AUGGCACAGAUCGACACGCUGGACCUGAUCGUCCUGAUCGUCCUUCUCGUCGGUACCGUUGCCUACUUCACCAAGGGCACGUACUGGGCUGUCAAGAAAGACCCCUAUGCCAACACAUACGGGGCUGCCAAUGGCGCCAAACCGGGCAAGACCAGGAACAUUCUCCAGAAACUCGAAGAGACUGGCAAGAACUGCGUGAUAUUCUAUGGCUCCCAGACGGGUACGGCGGAGGACUAUGCCUCGAGGCUGGCGAAAGAAGGGUCCCAGCGAUUCGGACUGAAGACCAUGGUGGCCGACCUCGAAGAAUACGACUACGAUAACCUGGACCAGUUCCCCGAAGACAAGGUGGCAUUCUUCGUGCUCGCAACGUAUGGCGAGGGUGAGCCCACGGAUAACGCCGUCGAGUUCUACCAGUUCAUCACCGGGGAGGAUGUCUCGUUCGAGAGUGGCGCCACUGCCGCUGACAAGCCCCUGUCCUCUCUCAAGUACGUCGCCUUUGGUCUGGGAAACAACACCUACGAGCACUACAACGCGAUGGUCCGAAACGUCGAUGCGGCCCUCACCAAGCUGGGCGCCAAGAGGAUCGGUGCCGCUGGUGAAGGUGAUGAUGGCGCCGGGACAAUGGAAGAAGACUUUUUGGCUUGGAAAGAGCCUAUGUGGGCUGCUCUCGCCGCGGAAAUGGGCCUGGAAGAACGUGAGGCGGUUUAUGAACCCGUCUUUGCGGUCACGGAAGACGAGACGCUGUCUGCACAGGAUGACUCGGUGUACUUGGGUGAGCCUAACCUGGGCCAUCUCGAGAGUGGCGGUCGAGGACCAUACUCUGCUCAUAACCCAUACAUUGCCCCGAUCGUCGAGUCCCGCGAACUCUUCACUUCCAAGGAUCGGAACUGCUUGCACAUGGAAAUUGAUGUAUCUGGAAGCGGGUUGACCUACCAAACCGGUGAUCACAUUGCGGUCUGGCCUUCCAACGCCGGUGUGGAAGUCGACCGGUUCUUGAAGGUCUUCGGCCUGGAGGAGAAGCGCGACACUGUGAUCAAGAUCAAGGGUGUCGACGUGACUGCCAAGGUUCCGUUCCCGACUCCGACCACCUACGACGCCGCCGUUCGGUACUAUAUGGAAAUCUGCGCUCCCGUCUCUCGUCAGUUUGUCAACUCCCUCGCUGCGUUUGCCCCCGAUGAAGAAGCCAAGGCCGAAUUGGUUCGUCUCGGCAAUGACAAGGACUACUUCCACGAAAAGGUCACCAGUCAGUGUUUCAACAUCGCUCAGGCGCUGCAGAGUGUGACGUCGAAGCCGUUCUCGUCAGUCCCCUUUUCUCUGCUCAUUGAAGGCAUCAACCGGAUUCAACCCCGUUACUACUCGAUCUCCUCCUCCUCCCUGGUGCAGAAGGACAAAAUCAGUAUUACCGCGGUUGUCGAGUCGGUGCGCAUUCCCGGUGCGGACCACGUGGUCAAGGGAGUGACGACGAACUACCUGCUGGCUCUCAAGCAGAAACAAAAUGGCGACGAGAACCCCGACCCCCACAGCCUGACAUACGCCAUCAAUGGCCCGAGGAACAAGUAUGAUGGCAUUCGUGUCCCGGUGCAUGUGCGUCACUCGAACUUCAAGCUCCCAUCGGAUCCCUCGAAGCCCAUCAUCAUGAUUGGUCCUGGUACCGGUGUCGCCCCCUUCCGUGGAUUCAUCCAGGAACGUACCGCUCUGGCUGCUCAGGGCGAGAAAGUCGGCACCACAGUUCUCUUCUUCGGCUGCAGGAAUCGCAAUGAAGACUUUUUGUACAAAGAUGAAUGGAAGGCCUAUGAGGAAAAGCUCGGAGACUCGUUCAAGCUCUUCACGGCAUUCUCUCGGGAAGGCCCGGAGAAAGUCUACGUUCAACACAGGUUGCGCGAAAAUGCCGCGCUGGUCAAUGAGCUGCUGCAACAAAAGGCUAACAUAUACGUCUGUGGUGACGCUGCGCACAUGGCGCGCGAAGUCAACGUCGUCUUGGGCCAGAUUAUUGCGGAGCAACGUGGCCUCUCGCCAGAGAAGGGCGAGGACAUUGUCAAGCACAUGCGGAGCAGUGGGACAUACCAAGAGGAUGUGUGGUCAUGA